AUGAAGUCAAUAUGGCCAUAUACAGUAAUAUCAGUAGGUUUGUUGAUCGUUAUCGAUGCAAACGAAGAUGCCAAACGUUUAUACGAUGACUUGAUGGUAAAUUACAAUAAGCACAGAAGGCCUGCAAAAAGUCCUACAGAAGCGGUAACGAUCUACUUGAAGCUACGUUUGUCACAAAUUAUCGAUGUGGUAGGUACCUUUAGAUAAUAACGUAAAACAUUUAUUGGAUUGUAUGUAUAGAAAAUUUUUGCAUUUUGUAAGUCUAAAAAGAUAACUGAAGGUACUCUUGAAAUAUAUGUGACCUAAAAUCUAUAUUUUUAGCACGAGCUCGACCAAACUAUGACAUGUUCAGUAUGGCUACGACAGGAAUGGCACGACCACAAGCUUUCAUGGGAUCCACAAAACUAUGGAGGUGUAUCAGUGCUAUAUGUCCCAUAUGAAAUGAUCUGGGUACCUGACAUAGUGUUAUAUCAAAGUGCAGACAGUAAUUACAAUAUUACGAUUAGUACGAAAGCCACGUUACAUUAUACUGGAAGAGUGAUAUGGGAGCCUCCUGCCAUUUUCAAGUCGUUAUGUCAGAUUGACAUUUUAUGGUAAAAAUUUGUUUUUUAAUUUUGAUUUUAGGAUAAAAUGGCGAACUGAAGAUUUUUGACGAAAUGUCAUCGAGUUAUUGGAUUUUGAUGCGAAGUAUUAUUCUUUUAUUGAUUUUUAUUAUUAAAAACUGGUUCUUUAGGUUUCCAUUUGAUGAACAAGAAUGUCAAUUAAAGUUUGGCUCAUGGACGUAUCCCGAAAAUCUUCUAAAAGUCGAGCUAUUGGACACCGACACAGAAGACGUCGAAGAAAUCAACGAACGUGGCGUAAAAGAAAAUGUCACUAUGGUUGAGCAUGGAAUUGGUAAUUUUUAUAAUUUUUUUGAAAUAUUUGGUUUUUAGACAGAAAGUUGUAACAAUUAUUAAAUUUACAGAUUUGAGUGACUAUUACCCAUCAGUCGAAUGGGAUAUUAUGUCCAGGAAGGCGAAACGAAGAGCCAAGAUCUAUCAAAGUUGUUGUCCUGAUGCUGGUGCGUUUGUUGAAGUCAAUGUGAGUAAAAUAUUAAAUAAGAUUAUUAGUCAAGUUAUUUUUGGUAGUGACAUCACUAGGACACUUUGAUAAGAAACAGUAUAAAUUUAUGGUAUUUUUUCAGUUCUACCUUCUCCUACGACGACAGCCACUGUUUUACACAGUAAACUUGGUAUUCCCAUGUGUUGGUAUCUCGUUUCUUACCAUUUUGGUGUUCUACCUACCAGCUGAAUCUGGAGAAAAAGUGUCAUUAUGUAUCAAUAUUUUGGUCGCACUUACUAUGUUCUUCUUGUUGUUGGUAAGUAUUUUUUUGAAAUUUUAUAAAACUAUUGUUGUACUUUAUCCUGUAUAGAAUGUUUUUGCUAUUCAUUAUUUGCUAAACAGGUUCCUGCCAUUUCAGAUUGAAAUCAUCCCGGCUAACAGUAUCACACUACCAUUUGUCGGCAAAUACCUUUUGUUUACUAUGAUAAUGGUGACAAUGAGUGUAUUCGUAACGGUUGUUUGUAAGUUUCGACUGUUUUUUAUAUUGAAGUAAUAUAUAUUUUUUUAUUUUUUAUUCAAAACCAUUUUUAGCGUUACAACUCCACUUCCGCAAGCCUACUACACAUAUCAUGGGCGAAACAACCAAGAAGAUCUUUUUGAGGUGGCUACCUCGAGUAUUAUUUAUGAGAAGACCACUGAGCGAAAGUAAUGAAUCCCUGAGGCAUGGGGAUUCGAAAAAGUACAGCAAAGGUAUAGUUUGCGUUUGACUGCGUGUAAAAUAGUAGCAAGUUUUUUAAAACUAUUAAAAAAACCAGCCAUAAAAUGAAUUUUUUACUUUUAGGCGAAAAAAUCGUGAUAAAUUACCACGAACACCGCGUAUCUCGAGAUUUGACAAUACGUACCUCAGCCAGACAUAGUUCAGCUGCCGCCAAUCAGGAAAUCCAAGACAUUUACAAUUCUCCACCAGUUUUGAAAAGCUUCGAAAAUGUGUGUUUUAUCGCUGAACUGUUGAAGAAAAAGGACCGGGAUGAUAAGGUGUGUUUUUGUAAUAUUUCAAUGGGACACCCAAAAAUUUUGCAUCACCGUCUCAUUUUAGGUCGAUGAAGACUGGAAAUACGUAGCAAUGGUACUAGACAGGUUAUUUUUAAUAAUUUUCUCAAUCGUAUGUUUCGUUGGAACUGGAGUUAUUUUACUACAAGCUCCGACAUUCUGGGACAAACGACAGCCAAUCCCAUUGGUCGUACGGGAAACAAACUACACUGCUACACCUGUGAAUCAUUUUACCAUGUUUUUUUAA